CUGCGACCGUGUUACAUCGUCUCAUUACCGCAUCUCCCUCGCAGUGACGAGAUAAGGCGGUAGCGCCAGCGAUGACGACGAUGAGCUCCAUGCUGCCGUCGCUACCAGCUCAAGUGCUCGCAGCUCAUGUCCAACACUCGGCCCUCGUAGCGGCUACAUGCUACGAUGUGACCAUCGUAGCCUUCAACCGUCGCUACCGGCUGCAUCGCAUCUUCCUCGUCCAGUCGUCAUUUUUCUCGUCGCUGCUUCAAGGUGGCUUCUCAGAAGGAGCCAAGUAUCGAGCACCCAGCAAGAGCAACGCAGCACACGCAGACCUCGACGGCGCAGAGUCGAGUGACGGGUCGCAAGCAGCAGCCAACGUGCUGCAUCUCACCUUUGAUGAUCCCAACAUCACUCGACCGGCUUUUGAGUACUCCAUCGCCCUCCUCUACGGCGCUCAUCCUGACCUCAUUCUUCCAGUGUGGGCUCGGCCGACUCCAACUCACCCGCUGUCGUCGACAUGGCCUCCCACCUUCGCACUCGAUACAACGACGAGCUCGGUACCUUCGAGCUCGAUCUCUUCCGGCGGAAAGAUGCCAGCUACUCCUCGCUUUCUGAUCUCACUCCUGGCUACCAGUAUCUAUCUGGGAAUCCCCUCGCUCACUUCAUCAACGCUUACUCUCGUCCAGUCGUCCUUCACGCCGUACACCAUCUCGACGUAUCUGCGCUUUGCCCUUGGCCAGCCAAUUGUUGGAGCCGGAACUCAAAGAGAAGAGGAAACAUGGGACUGGGAGCUCGAGGGCCCUUGCUGGGGACUCGACGGUAUUGGAAGAUGGACAGGCGAGGAGGAUCUUGAGGAACUCGAAGACGAAGAGGAUGCAGAUGUGCAAUUCGUGAGCGAGCGUACGAGGGGCAUGGCAUUCGAUACCAACAUCAAGCGGGAAAGCAGCAACGAUGAAGACGACGAGGAGGGAGAGGACAGCAAGGCUCGCAGCAUCUCUCCUUUGCGUCGAGCCAAGCAGCAACAGGAUACGAGCAACCCAGCCAUGGCAGGUAGCGCAGACGCAGGGGCAUCGGCCAUGCCAUCAGGACCCUCGGGAUUGAGCGCAGCCUUGUCAGCCACCCCGGCUUUCGACUACGGCCCACUCUCGCAUCGUAUCGGCGAGGCAUGUUUCUGCUACCUCUCGCGUUGGGGAGGCGAGAUUGCCGCCGAGGAGCAGGACAAAUGGAUCCACGACGAGGCUAGGCUCGAUGAUCUGCUCAGGCGCGCCCAGCAGCAACAGCAACGGCCGCAGCAAGAGAGGCUCGUAUGCGAGGCGACUGCGCCCUUUUGCCUGCCAAGAGGUCAGCUGCCGUCUCAGAUUAGCGUCACAGCCGCGCCAGACUCGCAGAGCUCAGAAGUCUUGCCCGCAGCAACGAUGGAAUGGGACAUUCCUGCACCACCGCUGUGUGUCUUCUCACACCCAAGCCUGUCGCACCGCGCUGCAGUACUGCGUGAGGAUGAAGACUACCCACUCAGCGGAAGCGGACGCAGCAGGCAGUCAGCGUACGUCUUUGACGGCGACAGCGAUGACGAACUAGCAGGCGUUGCGGCUCACACCCUUCAAGCUCAGCAAGAUGAGCUGAUUGACUUUGGGUCCAGCUCAUCCCUCGGUAUGACGUCGUCGCACCUCGUAGACCUGCUGGGAUCCGACGCCUUCUUUGCUCGCUCGGAGUUGGAGCGAUAUGAGAUUGCCAAGGACGUGGUAGCCAUGAGGAGGGCUCAACGGUCUGCAGCGGCCGCCAUUCUGGCCACGAGAAGGCAGAGCUUUGCGGGAGGGAUGGACGACGAGCAAGAGAGCUACACCAGUUGCGCCUCGCAAUCUUCGCUGCACCCAUCGCCGCCAAUGACGCGAGCCAGGCAGAGAGGCACGAGUGCCACGGCCGGUGCGAAGAGCACGCCGUCGACGCCAAGUCGUCAGGGACGCGCACACGGUCGCGAGCAGACAAUGGACCUCGACGAGUCUACAGCCGAUAUCGAUGUCCAGGAAGUAGACGAGGACGACGGACACUACACCCGUCUGUUCCGUGAGGGCAUCUACUACUCACACCUGAGUUUCGGCGAUCUCAAGCGAAUCAGUCAAGAAGCAGCAGCAGCCGCUUCUGCUGCGAGCGAUGAAGAUGAGGAUGACGACGACAGCGUAGGAGGUGACGGAGAGGAUCGGCACAAUGUCGGCAAUUACGUCUCUGGCUUCUCAUCCUCGUCACGACGACAAAGUACAGGAGCCAAGCGCAGGAGGAGAACACGCAGCAUCCCACCAGCAGCGCCACUUGAGACGCUGCAAGCUGCACUAUGGGCAGGGAAUGAGCUCAAGAACCAUAUCCUCUCGAGCUCAAAUGUUCAUGACCCAGCUCUUGGCGCUACGCAGCCCCCUUUGAGUCCAGACAGCAUCCGUCGCGGCCUGGCAUACACGGCCGAGGGCAGCAGCCUCGACACGGCCGCGGGUACCACCGCGAUCGCAGGAGGAGCCAGCGGUGCUGGCGGCGGAGCAGCGAUUGCCAGGUCUACAGGCGCCGCAAGCGCAGCAGGAGCGGAUGUCGAUGAGUCGCUGCUAGGCAUCUCGAGCCCGCUGCGCCACUUUGCUAUGGCCCUCAAGCAUCAAGGGGAGCGACGUCGCGGAGCUGGCUUCAGUCGAGCUGGAACGCCAAGCAGUCCCUUAGCCACUCCCUCUCGCAGCGGCAGCGCGGCUCAAAUCCAUCGUUAUCGUGCGCCGUCAUCGCUCGGCGGUCUGACCUCCUCGUCACCGCUUGGUGGCACCUCUACGUCCUCAUCGUCCUCUUCCCUACUCUCAAAGCGCUACUUCUCCGUUCCCGUCGACGACACAAUUAGGUACGGUGAAUUCUUUGCCGGCUUGCUGACGGGAGCAGCAGCUGCGGCCGCGGCCGCUCAGCAGCAACAAAAUGCUGUGGGAAGCAAUGCAACUCAGCCGCCCCUGCUCGUGGACCAACAUUCCCACGAGGCGACUGGUCUAGCAGCCAUGCGUGAUCCGCUGGCCCUCGCAACUACCACGCCGACGACGUCUAGCGGCGCAGCGGCCUCAGCAGUAGCAGCCACGGGAUCCUCACACGGCGCCAAUGACUCUUUUCUCGCUCAAUUAGGCUCCAUACUCGUCGGCGGCCCCUUCUCGGAUACAAAGCGGAAUCGCCCUAACCUGUACGGGCUCCGCAACAAGCUCUGCAAGGGUCGAGCAUUAGGUCGUGUCGCGGCAGAGGUAGGGCUACGUCGUGCGGCAGAGAAGCGCGGCGAUGAUGAGGGGGAUGAUGAGGAUGAGGAUGAGGUCGACAAGGCUUCGACUGCUCCAACAAAGUCGCUCAAUGACGCUGCCAUCGAAGGUGGCGCUGAUGGUAGCGGUAUAGGGAGUAGUGGCAGUCCGAGUCACGGCGGCUUCCUCCUCACGCGACUGGAGCGACGCCACUGGACUGGAUACGAGCCUAUGCGCGUCGGCGUAGAGUACUAUGGACUCGAUCUCCUCGAGGAGAAGCAACGUCUUUACUCCCCCUCUUUCUUUUACGCGGGCAGCGUAUGGAACCUCUAUGUGCAGACGGCCCGCAAGCCUCGGGGCACGCAGCUUGGCGUCUACCUGCACAGGCAGAGCCCACUCGAGCCCUUACCACCUGCGAGUGCUCAUCCCGACGAAGUGGCCCUCUUCCAUCAUCAUGGUGGCCUAUCUGGACAGGGCAGGCAAGAAACGUCAACGUCGGCUUCGUCACCAGCUACGAGCAAUCCAAGCAACAGCUUCCUGCCCGGCGGGCCACGGCGACGGGCCAGCUCAACGCGCACAGCAACGACUUCGUCACAGCAGCAGCACGGUGGCGCAGCACACGGCGCAGCAGCCUGGCAUUCCUCUCAACCCCAACCACACGGCACCCUGCCCAACAGCGGGAUAAGCGCUCACCUGGUAGGCCCUCCAGUCUUGCCUGGCGUCUCCCCACCGAUUCCCUAUCGUGACCCGCGAAAGAUGGUCCGCGUCUACUUCUCCAUCCACUGUCAUAGCCCCUUGGGCAACUCGCUCACGCGAUUCGACUCAGGACCGGAUAGGUUCAGCGAGUCGCAAAGCUGGGGAUGGAAGAGUAGCUCCUUGAUGGGGAUCUGGGAGCUGGAGGGAGGACGAUUGGCGGGUGGGAGAAGCGAGGCUAGUGAAGGGUUCCGAUGUGUGGUGACGCUAGGCGUCGUCUAAGGUUGGCAAGAUUGCUCUGAGCUCGUGCCUUCAAUGACAUCAAAUCUCAUUA